CCUGCGCGACGACGUCAGCGCGCCCGCGCGCGCCAGGGGAGGAGUGGGAGCUGCGGGCCGGGAGGCGCUGACGCUCCGCAGGCCCCGUCCGGUCCGGCGAUGGAGUUUCCGGACCUUGGGGCUCACUGUUCGGAGCCGAGCUGUCAGCGCUUGGAUUUUCUGCCGCUCAAGUGCGACGCCUGCUCGGGCAUCUUUUGCGCAGACCACGUGGCCUACGCCCAGCAUCACUGUGGAUCUGCUUACGAAAAGGAUAUCCAGGUACCUGUAUGCCCACUCUGUAAUGUGCCUGUCCCUGUGGCCAGAGGGGAGCCCCCUGACCGUGCUGUUGGGGAACACAUUGACGGAGACUGCCGCUCUGAUCCAGCUCAGCAAAAACGUAAGAUCUUCACCAAUAAGUGUGAACGCUAUGGCUGCCGGCAGCGGGAAAUGAUGAAACUGACCUGCGACCACUGUGGCCGAAACUUCUGCAUCAAGCACCGUCACCCACUGGACCAUGAUUGCUCUGGGGAGGGGCACCCCACAAGUAGGGCAGGACUGGCUGCCAUCUCCAGAGCACAAAGCCUAGCUUCUUCUACAAAGACCAUCCCCAGCCCAAACCAGACCUUGCCUUCAUCUACCUCUGCCAGCAGAGCCACAACUCAGUCUCCAUCCCGGACAGCCUCUCCAGUGAUUGCUUUGCAAAAUGGCUUGAGUGAGGAUGAGGCUCUGCAACGAGCCCUGGAACUGUCCCUGGCAGAGGCCAAACCCCAGGUCCCAAGUUCUCAGGAGGAAGAAGACUUAGCUUUAGCACAAGCACUAUCAGCCAGCGAGGCAGAAUACCGACAGCGGCAGGCUCAGAGCCGCAGCUUGAAGCCGUCCAACUGCAACCUGUGCUAGGGCCUUGGGCUUGGGGAGGGAGGCUCAGCUGAGGAGGACUGUGGCCCUCACAUCUCUAGGGUCCACAGGGAGAGGAGGCCCGGAGCAGCCUGGAGUGAAGAUGAGGAGUGACGUGGAGGCCGCCUUCAGGGAGCAUCAGAGGAGAAACAGCUUGUGGAGCUGAGCCUACAGAUGGCUCUGCUGGCCUCUCCAGCUGCAUGGGAGAGAACAGCUCUGAACUGUUCCCUGGCCAGACCCCACAUGGCCCCCUGCAUCUUGACAUUCCCUGUAUACUGGGGCUCCCCCCACGUGUAGGGGGCUGGGAGGGGGCGCUAGAAAGAAUAAAGAAUCUUGGCAGUCAGUAAGACA